AUGUCGGGCAUUGGCGCCUCGAGCUACGCACCCAGGUCUCCGGACCUCUCAUCCUUAUAUAGCUCCGCCGGCCCCACUCACCAGCACUGGCAGACCCAUUCCGAAGUCCUUCAAGUACCAGACCCCAAACCGUUAUCACAGCAAACACUUUUUUCUCCGCAACACCAACACCACCACUUACAAGCGCAGUCGCAACCACAACUUCAACCUCUGCCCACCACCACCACCACCACAACUACCACCACCACCACGACACAGCCCUCUGGCCCUUCUGCGAACACGUAUCAAGACCAUCGCGCUUCGCAAUAUUGGCAGAACUCGUCGCAGUAUCUCCCACCACGCUCUCAGCCCGAUCUCAGCUUCUCGACGAACCACUAUUCGCAGCCGCAGCAAUCCGAGCGCCCGUCUCGCAUCCCCUUCACAAACAACCACGCGACAGGGAUUUGGAACGCGCAACAGCAAGGUUCGCAACGCGACCUGCAUCAAUUGCAGAAUCAACACCAGUAUAGUUACAACCAACAGCAACCGCGGCAGCAACUACAACAACAGGCUUAUCCGCAGCUGUUCUCACAUACGCAACCGCAAGACCAUCAGCAGCAGCGCUUGACGCGAUCGCAGGCACAACGGCCCCUCCAGCCUCUUCCCUCGCAUACUUCUAAUCCCAGUCCGCCACCGGCCCCCGAACAGACCAAUAUCCAAGCUGCGCCAUCCGUAGCGGCGCAGACCACCAAUACGAUGCCACCCAAGCGAGCCGUCGCGCAAGCUGCGCAGCAACCCCAACCUUCUCCGAUCCAGCCCUCGCCCGUAAAGACCAAGUUCCCAACGGCGCGCAUCAAGCGCAUCAUGCAGGCGGACGAAGAGGUUGGCAAGGUCGCGCAACAGACGCCGAUCGCAGUGGGCAAGGCACUCGAGCUGUUCAUGGUACAACUGGUGACAAAAAGCGCAGACAUAGCGCGUGAGCGUAACUCGAAACGCGUAUCGGCACAGAUGCUCAAACAGGUCGUGGAGUCAGACGACCAGUGGGAUUUCCUACGAGAAAUCACCAGCAAGAUAGAGAACGAUGACAAGGAGAAGCCAGCAGCCUUUGCGAGUGGUGGCAGAGGCCGAGCAAAGGCAGAGAGCGAGAGCGAGGAAGAAGCCCAGCCAGAAAAGAAGGGCAGAGGAGGAGCCGGACGAGGAGGAGGGAGGGGGAGGAAGAAGUCUACCGCUUAG